AUGUUUAACUGGCUGCUCGGCGAAGGCGCGUCCUUGAAACAUCAUAUUCCUGGAGACACAAACUACGUGACCGAUUUAAAGGAAAGGAUGAAUCCCAGAGGCGGCUCCAACAGGUCGCGUUCAGAUGGCGCCGACGGAGAGGACAAUUCCGCCUCCAGUAAGCGGCCGUUCCCUCUCAAUUCCUCGUUCGUCAGCUCGCCGAUUCUGGGCGAGGACCUUCGCAAUGAGAUUUAUAAACGGGUGGUUAAGCAGAAUAAGAGCGUUCGAACUGUGAGUGUCGAAUUGCAGGUGGACAUGAGGAGAAUUGGUGCCGCGGUUCGGUUGGUCGAGCUGGAGAAGCGCAUGGAAAAAGAGAAAAAAUCCAUGGCAAUUCCAUAUGCACGUGCUGUGCACGAAAUGGUGCCAACCACCCCGCUGGCUGAGGGUGGCCAACGACAACCAAUACAUGAACCCAUCAACGAACUUCCUGUGCACCGGCUGACGCAGCCGCAAAUAUUCUACCCGGUGUCUGAAUCGCGCCAAUUCACACGUGUAGACGCGGGUCGGGUCUUUUCUGGGGCGCCGGCUCUGGAGACCGACGAGGAGAAAACACUCACGGUGCAGUCCCUGAUUAAGCCAGGAACAAAACGCAUUGAAAAAGUUGGAAAAGGUGACAAUGAGCAGCAUGUCCUGCUCCCUGCCGAUGCCCGUAUCCCGCAUCCUCAACUGAUUGAGCUCGAGCGUGAUUUCAUUGCCAAGCCUCAUGAACCCAAGGAGCGCUGGGAAAAAUACCACGAACGAAUCCAAAAGUCUGACGCGCUCGCACAAAAGCGCAAGGCGGAUGCAAAGAAGAGGGCUGAGGAGCGAACAAUCAGGAUUGAGCCGGAGAACUCUCGGUUUGAAUUUCGCUUCAACGACGUAGUCGUUAGCAAGGAGACCACUGGCCCCGACGGCCGAGGCCACUCUGCCCCCGGUCGUCGCUAUGGUGUGCCGACGUAUGAUCGGAAGAAAGGACAGGUCAAGAUCCCGACCAAGGUCGAGGUGUAA